GACUGCUGAAAGUGAAAUGUCGACGUUCGUACCGACAUCCGUCGUGUCGGAUGCAUGAUGCAAAGUCGUGUCGCAUUCAAUCGUGUUUCGCAGCUUCUCCGUUGUUUCCUAUUCCGAGUUUCCGACACGCGUGAGCAUCAGGAGGGUUUCGAGAGUUUCGAAAACGAAGGCUCGCGCGUUUGUGCCAAGUAUGAAUCAAGACGAAUCGUCUUGAGGAGAUCUUGGAUCCUUCGUGUCGUUCAGACGACAAUGAUCGGUCGGGAUGGCACGAAGUCGCGUCGCGCGUUCAAUCGCGUCAUCUCCGUUGCCCCGUAUCCCGUAUCUCAAGUUUUCGACGGGCGUGAGUGCCGGGAGUGCCGAAAACGAACCAAGUGUCGUGCGUUUGUGCCAAGUAUAAAUCGAGAGGAGGAUCUUGGAUUUUCGAAAGAGGCGGCUGAGACUACGAGACUACGAGCUGGACGGAGCGAUCAGCGAACGAUUGUCACUCGUGCGAGGAAGACCAGGAGGAUCUAAUCAGCGUAUUUACAUAAUUAAUUGCAUAUACAUCGCCUAUUAUUAUCCGAUUAAAAAGGUAAUUUUUUUAAUUUUAAUAUCCUUAAAAUUUGCGCAGCUUACAUAUUGAAGAUUGCUACCAUUUCUCUCGCUUCAAAAAAAUUGUUUUAAAAAUUUUAGAUUUUUUAUAUCUUACAAUACAAUUUUGAAGUAACAGAACUUAGAACAGAUAUAGACGUUUUACGAGCAUCAAAGUCACUUUCAUAUUCAACUUCUCUACAAAUAAAAAUUUCCAGAAAAAAAAGUUUGAUUAACGAAUACUAUGUAACUUGAGUAUAAAAUAUUUGAAUGAUAAUUUUAAUAUCUUUCUCCAGUUAUUUUAAUUUUUAAUUUGUUUUAUUAAUUCAUACUUGUGUUAAAGCAAAAUCGUAUUGUAAAUAAAAUUAUGUUUUCAGCUUUCAGUCGGAAUGUGUCAGAAUAUAUCAAUUUUCAAUGUUAAAUAUUUUCGUAAUUAUUUUUAUUUCUAUUCAAGAAAAAACGUAAAAAAAACAUAGAUAAAAACUUUUUCAAAGAAAGUUUUUCACAU